AUGACUCAUUCUCAUCAUAAUCACCAUGGCCAUCAUGGUCAUAAACAACAACAUAAUACUCAACAAUUCAAAAAACCAGUGGUUUAUAGACCAGCUAGAAUCCAAACCAUUAAUGCCGAGCAAGAAAUUAUUUUAAAGCAAGUUUGGGCUAAUAUGUUGAAAUAUUACGAUUAUCCCAUUGAUAUUUCAAAUGAAGAUUUACAAUAUGGUGAAUGUUUUAUACCAUCCACUUCAACCGUUGGAUUUGAAGAUAAAUCAUCAUUUCAUGAAUUAACUAGAACUACCACUAGAAAUUCAGUUAAUUCUUCCAGUUCAAAAAAGACUUCAAGAUCAAGUAGAGGUUUAUUUGGUGGUAAAAAGGAAACUAAAGAAACGAUUCUUAGUGCUCCAGUUGAUUCAAAAAGAAUGCAUCAAAUUCAAACUCAAUCCUCAUUUGAAAAAUAUCGUCCCGUGACUGAAGUGAACCCUAAAUUUGAAGCUGUAUUUAGAGGUUAUUAUAAAGCUGGUAUGGUUGUAAAAGAUCAAGAAUCAGAUGAUUAUUAUGAAGAUGAAGAUGAUGGUUAUACUUCAGAUUUAUCAUUAGAAACUUUUGUUACUGCUUCUACUACUAUUACUGAUUUUGAUGGUAUAAUUCCAACUUAUAAUAAAUCAAAAUCUUCUUCUCAUCAAAAUAAUGGUUAUGGUGGUAAUUCUGGUCAUAAUUCUUAUCUGAUUGCUAAUAUUAAACCAAAUACUAGUUUAUUACCUUUCAUGGCUCAAUAUAAAGCUAAAAAUUUACAUAAUGGUCUUUAUACUGCUUUAAGAAAUGAUUUACCGGAUAAUUUCAUAUUAAGAUUUGUUAGAGCUAGAAAAUGGAAAUAUGAUAAUGCUUUACAAAUGAUGUUUAAAUCAUUAGCUUGGAGAACAAGUGGUGAUUUUGAUCCUGAUAAUUGGGUUUAUGAAGCUGAUGGUAAAUCUUAUUUGACUGGUACUAAUAAAGGUUUUAUUAAAAAUUUCAGUUGUGAAAAAUCUUACAUUAAAGGUCAUGAUAAUAAUCGUAAUCCAAUCUUUAUGUUCCAAGCUAAAAAACAUUUUGGUAGUGAUUCUCCAUUAAAUGAAUCUCAAAGAUAUGCUGUGGUUACUAUUGAAUGGUGUAGAUUAUUCUUAAGAGAAGUUACUGAUUCUGUUGAUCAAUGUUCUAUUGUUUUUGAUUUAACUGGUUUCUCAUUAAAGAAUGCUGAUUAUGCUACUAUUAAAUUCUUGGCUGAUGUUUUUGAAGCUCAUUAUCCUGAAACUUUAGGAGUUAUUUUAAUUCAUAAUGCUCCUUGGAUUUUCUCAACAGUUUGGAAUAUUAUUAAAAAUUGGUUAGAUCCAGUAGUUGCUUCCAAGAUUCAUUUUACUAAAGAUGCAAAGGAAUUAUCUAAAUUUGUUGAUCCAAUUUAUAUUCCUGAUUAUUUAGGUGGUGAAGAUGAUACUAAACCAUUCUAUCCAAUUCCAGAAGAACAAGAUAUGUAUCCACCAAAGAGAAAAGAUGCUACUUAUAAGAAAUUAAUUAAAGAAAGAGAUGAUUUAUAUUUGAAAUUCUUAGAAACUACUAAAAGAUGGGUAGAAUCAACUAAUCCAUCCAUUAGUGAUCAAUAUUUAAAAGAUAAAAUCAAAUUGAACAUUGCUUUAUCCGAUAACUAUCUUAAUUUAGAUCCUUAUAUUAGAUGUCAAGGUAUUUAUGAUAGAGAUGGUACUUUACAUCCAAGUAAUUAG